CGAGCUGCGUCUCGAUUGGCCACGCCUGUGGGAUCGGUUGCCCAUGCUGGUAGAAGAAAGAUGGACGCUUUUGACUUGUUUCGUAGGCUGGGAGCCGGGGCCAGAUUCGAUUUGAAGAAGUUUGGCAAGGACGCCGAGAGGUUUAAGGUGGUGAAAUCCAAGAUAAGCGAGUGGACAGACUCCUCCAGCGGCAUGCCGGACUUCUUCAGCACAAACAGCAGCAGCGGCACCGCUGUGCGGAGCGGUGAUGAGCACGACUCUGACUCCGAGCCGGAGACGGAGAGAUCGCCCCCAGCCGGGAAGAGGAAGAGAGGAGUGGAGGAAUCGGGAAAGAAUCAAACUCCAGGCAUUGGAGACUCUGAAACCCAGGAGAGCGAUGGGAUCCUGUGGACAUCCUCGCUGGAUAAGAAGGCCAAGGGGCCGUCAGGAAAGAGCCAGAAUCCGUCCUGGAAGAGGCUGAAGCACCUCCACCAGGAGAAGGUCAAUGGUAUCAGGCACAAGCACAAGAUUUACACCCACGGUUCAGACGUGCCGGACCCCGUCACCUCAUUCGAGCAGCUGCAGGAGGAGUACAAGAUCCACCCGCGCAUCAUCCACAACAUCAAGGAGGCGGGCUUCCAGGGCCCCACCCCCAUCCAGAUGCAGGCCAUUCCCGUCAUGCUGCACAGUCGGGAAGUGUUGGCGUGCGCUCCCACGGGUUCGGGGAAGACGGUGGCGUUCUGCCUCCCCAUUCUGUGCCACCUGAAGCAGCCCAUGAACAAAGGCUUCAGAGCACUGGUCCUCUCCCCCACCAGAGAACUGGCCAGCCAGACACACAGGGAGCUGGUCAAGCUGUCCGACGGCGUUGGGUUCAGGGUGCACAUGAUCCACAAAGGGGCCGAGGCGGCCAAGAAAUUCGGACCCAAAUCCUCCAAGAAGUAUGAUAUCCUGGUGACGACCCCAAACAGGCUGGUCUACUUGCUGAAGCAGGAUCCUCCAGGAAUCGAUCUCAGCAAUGUGGAGUGGCUGGUAGUGGACGAGUCAGACAAGCUCUUCGAGGAGGGGAAGAGCGGCUUCAGGGAGCAGCUGGCUGCCGUGUUCAUGGCGUGCUCCUCUCACCUGGUGAAGAGGGCCAUGUUCAGCGCCACCUUCGCCCCCGACGUGGAGCAGUGGUGCAAACUCAACCUGGACAACCUGGUCUCCAUCUCCAUCGGACAGAGGAACUCGGCUGUGGAGACUGUAGAACAGCAGCUGCUGUUUGUCGGCACUGAAAACGGCAAGCUUGUGGCAAUGAGGGAUCUGGUUAAAAAGGGUUUUUUGCCUCCAGUGCUGGUGUUCGUGCAGUCCAUACAGAGAGCCAAGGAGCUGUUCCACGAACUCGUCUACGAAGGCAUCAAUGUGGAAGUGAUUCACGCCGAGCGGACGCAGCAGCAGAGAGAUAAUGUGGUGACGAGUUUCCGAGCCGGGAAGAUUUGGGUGCUGAUCUGCACAGCCCUCCUGGCCCGAGGGAUUGACUUUAAAGGGGUCAACCUGGUGAUCAACUACGACUUCCCCACCAGCUCGGUGGAGUACAUCCACCGGAUAGGCCGCACUGGAAGAGCAGGGCACAGGGGUAAAGCGAUCACGUUAUUCACAGAAGAGGAUAAACCCUUACUAAGAAGCAUCGCAAAUGUCAUCAAGCAGGCUGGCUGCCCUGUGCCUGAUUACAUGAUUGGAUUCAAAAAACUGCACAGUAAACAGAAGACGAGGCUGAUGAAGAGACCACCAAGGAGGGAGACGAUCCGCACCACCCCACUGUACCUGAUGAAGGGGAAGGGGAAGGGGAAAGGAAACGACAAGCGAAAAGCAAAGCGAAAAAACAACAAAGCAGAGAAAGCAGAAAACGCCCCCAGUGCCCCGGCAGAGCCGACUGGGAGAUGACAGGGCAGCCCGUCCCCGGCAUCAUCACGACUGAACGGAUCUGAAAAUGUAUCGCAGCAAAGACCAACCAAAUAAAGCAGGCCUGGAUCAAUUACAAUUACAGCAGAGUUGUGUGCUGAGAUUAAAAUUACAAUUACAAUGCUAUUGUGUUCAAUUACAAUUCUGCUGCAGUAAUUUCAAUUGCACUAAAAAGUAACACAGACAGCUCUCCACAUUAACAUGCUUGCUCUGUUUAUUCUAAAUAACCAGCAAUAAUAAUCACAGCUAUGGAUACAGAAAUAGAUUAUUUAACAAUUAUUUUAUUUUUUUUUAAAACAAAUUGGGGUCACCAAAAGUGGUUGAAAACACAAGAAUAAUGAUCAAAUGACAAAUAAAGGCGUAAUUGAAACUCUGAUUGAUCAAUUACAUGGGAUAAUUACAAUUACGCAGGUGUGCCCAGGUUUAACCACAGUUACAUUGUAAUUAAUUACGCGCUGCACGAUUCCAGUUAUAGCUGCGUUCAGGUCUGAUGUAAAGAUAAGUACCCCUGUGCUUCAGCGACUCCUGGGCCAGGGCGCUGGGAUUUGCAGUGACUGUGUAGACAGCAAGGAGCUGCUGGGAGCCACCUCUACAUUCUUUAUUAUAGCUGUUUGAACACUGUGGGAUACGCGGUUAAUGGAAGGGUUCGUUACAGAGAGAGUCAUUUUAUACUUCGUUAAACAUGUUGAGUUACAGAUUGAUAACUAGAGGUACAGUAUAUAUUUAUGAACUGUAGUAAAACCAGAUACGAGUCUGAUAUUCAAUAGGUGAACAAAGGAGGCCGUGUGAUUUAGCAGUCAGAAAUGUUACUAAUAAAGGUUUCACUGUCAUUAAAAAGCCACCUUCAAAGACUGAAA